UACAGCCCUAACUGCCACAACCUUAUCGAUACAAAGCGGCUAAACCUUCGCAUUUCACAAAGAAAAUCGCAGUCUCUCCUCUUCUUGGAAGCCAAAGAAGACAAUGGCCUCAGCAAAUGCCAUCUCUACUGCAUCUAUACUCCCUACUCCUACACAGGGGGGUUUGAGGAGUAGGAAGGUGAAUCAAUUGCAGGGGCAGAAGCUGAAUUACAAGCAAUCAAGGAGCCGUUUUGUGGUGCGAGCUGCUGCGAAGGAAAUCGCCUUCGACCAGAGUUCGAGGUCGGCACUUCAGGCCGGCAUCGAUAAGCUUGCCGAUGCCGUCGGGCUCACUCUCGGUCCCAGAGGGAGGAACGUUGUCUUGGAUGAAUUUGGCCCCCCGAAAGUGGUUAAUGAUGGGGUUACAAUUGCUAGAGCUAUUGAACUACCUGAUCCUAUGGAAAAUGCUGGAGCCGCUCUCAUUAGAGAGGUUGCAAGUAAAACAAAUGAUUCCGCUGGUGAUGGAACUACAACUGCAUCAGUUCUUGCGCGUGAAAUAAUCAAACUAGGCCUACUGAAUGUUACCUCUGGGGCAAAUCCAGUUUCAAUAAAGAAAGGUAUUGAAAAAACUGUGCAGGGUUUGGUUGAAGAGCUAGAGAAGAAAGCUAGGCCUGUCAAAGGUCGUGAUGAUAUCAAAGCUAUUGCUACAAUUUCUGCUGGAAAUGAUGAGGAUAUUGGGACCAUGAUUGCUGAUGCAAUUGACAAGGUUGGACCUGAUGGUGUUCUGUCAAUUGAGUCAUCGUCAUCCUUUGAGACAACUGUUGAUGUUGAAGAAGGAAUGGAGAUUGACAGAGGAUAUGUCUCUCCACAAUUUGUUACCAACCCUGAGAAACUGAUUGUUGAAUUUGAGAACGCAAGAGUGUUGGUUACAGAUCAGAAGAUCUCAGCUAUAAAGGACAUAAUUCCCUUGCUUGAGAAGACCACUCAAUUGCGGGCUCCUCUGCUGAUUAUUGCUGAAGAUGUCACUGGGGAGGCUUUAGCUACUCUUGUUGUGAACAAACUGAGAGGUAUCCUUAACGUUGCUGCAAUUAAAGCCCCUGGUUUCGGUGAGAGGAGAAAAGCUCUCCUGCAGGAUAUUGCCAUUCUGACAGGUGCUGAGUACCAAGCCAGUGAUCUGGGUUUACUUAUUGAGAAUACUUCUGUUGAGCAGCUUGGUUUGGCAAGAAAGGUGACCAUCACAAAGGACUCCACUACCAUCAUUGCUGAUGCUGCAACAAAGGAUGAGAUCCAAGCCAGGAUUGCACAGAUUAAAAAGGAGUUGGCUGAGACAGAUUCUGUAUACGACUCCGAGAAACUCGCUGAAAGAAUUGCCAAAUUGUCUGGUGGGGUUGCAGUUAUAAAGGUGGGGGCUGCAACGGAAACUGAGCUUGAGGACCGUAAACUCCGAAUUGAGGAUGCCAAGAAUGCAACUUUUGCUGCCAUAGAGGAAGGGAUCGUGCCUGGUGGUGGGGCUGCAAUGGUUCAUCUAUCCACUUGUGUACCUGCCAUUAAGGACAAGCUUGAAGAUGCAGAUGAACGAUUAGGCGCUGACAUUGUGCAGAAGGCACUUUUAUCACCAGCAUCUUUGAUCGCUCAGAAUGCUGGGGUUGAAGGCGAGGUGGUUGUGGAAAAAGUAAAGGAUAGAGAGUGGGAGAUUGGUUACAAUGCAAUGACAGACAAAUAUGAGAACCUGGUGGAGGCUGGAGUAAUUGACCCAGCUAAGGUGACAAGAUGUGCAUUGCAGAAUGCAGCUUCAGUUGCAGGAAUGGUGCUUACCACGCAAGCCAUUGUUGUGGAAAAGGUCAAACCUAAGGCACCUAUGGCUGCUCCCCCGCAAGGUCUUACUGUGUGAGAGUAAUGACAUUUUUCCCAAGAGUCAGUCAGGGUUUUGGAGAUGAUGAAUGCCUCUACUGUAGCCUAGUACUGAAUGAGGAAGAGAGUGUUGAGUUGAAAAUGUGCUUUAUUGGUAUAAAUUGGUCUCUCUAUUUUUUUUUUUGGGUACGUGAGUUAAGAGGCACUAUAAUUUGUUUCUUGGUUAUAUGGAAUUUUAACUUGCUUGUUCCUUAGUUCA